AGUCACCUCCACCACAUGGAACCAGGAAAUGAUACACGGAUUUCAGAAUUUCUUCUUCUGGGAAUUUCACAGGACCCAGAACUACAGCCCCUCAUACUGGGGCUUUUCCUCUCCAUGUACCUGAUCACUGUGUUUGGAAACCUGCUCAUCAUCUUGGCUGUCAUCUCAGACCCCCACCUCCACACCCCCAUGUACUUCUUCCUCUCCAACUUGUCCUUUGUAGACAUCUGUUUCACCUCCACCACCAUCCCAAAGAUGCUGUGGAACAUCCAGACCCAGAGCAAAGUCAUCACCUAUGAAGGCUGCAUCACACAGAUCUACUUUUUCUUACUCUUUGCUGCACUGGAAAACUUUCUUCUUGCUGUAAUGGCCUAUGACCGCUUCGUGGCCAUCCGCCGCCCCCUGCACUACACAGUCCUCAUGAACCCCCGGCUCUGUGGACUGCUGGUUCUGGUGUCCUGGAUGAUGAGUGUCCUGAAUUCCUUGUUACAAAACUUAAUGGUGUUGUGGCUGUCCUUCUGUAUUGAACUGGAAAUCCCCCACUUUUUCUGUGAAAUCAAUCAGGUGGUUCGGCUUGCUUGUUCUGACACUUUUCUUAAUGACAUGGUGAUGAAUCUUGCAGCUGGGAUGCUGGGUGGUGCUUCCCUCUCUGGGAUCCUUUACUCUUACUCUAAGAUAGUUUCCUCCAUAUGUGGAAUCUCAUCAGCUCAGGGGAAGUAUAAAGCAUUUUCCACCUGUGCGUCUCACCUCUCAGUUGUCUCCUUGUUUUACUCUACAGUGUUAGGAGUGUACCUUAGCUCUGCUGGAACCCACAGCUCACAGUCAAGUGCAACCGCCUCAGUGAUGUACACCGUGGUCACCCCCAUGCUGAACCCCUUCAUCUACAGUCUGAGGAACAAAGACAUAAAGAGGGCUCUGAAAAGAAUCAUUGGGGUGCCAGUUAUAUAA